AUGGCAACUCUUCAGCUCCUCCCCACCGAAGUUCUCAUCAGCAUCCUGGGUUACCUCCGCCAGGAGGAGAUCUCCAAGCUCUCGCAGACGUGCCAGGCGCUGCACGGCGUCGGCACGUCGAUCCUGUGGAAGGCACCCAAGAUCGGCCCGAUGGUGCACGGGGUGCCGUGGAGACGGUUCGUGAGAGCCAUUCGCAUACACGGACAGCACGUUGAGUGCAUGGAGGACAUAUGGCUGGUUGUUGGAGGCGAGGACGACGAUGGUAUCGAUGAUCCCUCUGAUCGGGAACAAAACCCCGCAGACGAACUCGGAGACGACUCCACGGACGACCUCCGCGAUGAAUGCAAAGAUAACUCAAUUGCAGAACACUGUGAUGUCAUCAAUGGUUGCCUUGAUUCCCGCGAUGAUGACGGGCACGAUGCUGGUCAGGAUGCACUUGAUUCUCACGACGAAGACACCUACCACAGCUUGGAUGGUGUCCAGGAGGCCAAGGAUGCAUCCGAGUGCCACAGCCCCACUGCAGCGAGAGCCAAGGAGCAGGCUCUGGACGGCACUGAUACCGUUGCUGCUGUUUCCGUAUUGACUGCGAGUACCGAGGCUAGCGAAUGUUCUUCCAUUUUGGUGGCUGAGAGCCAUGACAGCGGUUCGGCAAGCUUUCAUCCAGAGGCUUGGACUGGCGUUCCCCUAACUCAAUCAGCCCCAGACUCAGUCACAGCGAUUCCACAGCCCGCGGGAGCCGCCGAUGACAAUCUCCGAGAGCCCGAGUCAGUCGAGCCAGGAGUACCCCAAGAUGCUUGCACCAAUACCAGUAUCACCGAAGCGGCAGAGUCCGUGACCGGCUCAGGCAGCCCAAUUUCCUCGUUCCGAGCGAUGUAUGCGACCUUUGUCGACAUGGUGCCUCUGCACUGUGCUGCUCCGCCUACCCAAGAAACUACUGCGACAGAGUUGGAUCAACAGGAGGAUAUCUGCGAUGUCAACGCGAGCAAACAACAGAGCCUGCACGACAUGACUGAUCUGCCGGACUGCGCCUGCGUCGACACACAUGACUCUUACUCGAUGGACGGAGCUGCUAUAGUUGAGCGACACGAUUCCGGCAUUGUGCUAGAUGAGCAUAUUCUCGAUGCGCAAUAUCUCAACGAAUGCAAGACAUCCGAGCAGCAGAAGUCGUUGUUGCAGGCAUCUGGCAGCGAGCUCUUGGCUUCCUCCAACCAGCCCGCUCUCGAUCCACCAGCCAGCCAUAGCGUUGCUGCAGUCGAUCCUCCUUCCGACAGCGCCGAUGCCGGUGCGGAUAUCACCAAGCCAGCCCAGUACCGCGCUACUGCCCAGCGAGAUUUACUUCCAGCUGGACUACAACAGACUUUGCCACGGUACUCAUCACACCAUGCCAUGGCUCUGUUCAUGGUAUAUUCGCCGCGACUGAACGAGAUCCGUAUCCACUUUCCAUCGCCGCUGAUCGAGAAACUGCCUUGGGCCCUGGUUCUGCCCCGCCUCCGCAUUCUCGACCUCCGCACUCGUUGUACCUCUGCCAUGAUCCGAGCCAUCCUCGAGAACACAGCGCCAAGCCUUUUGGAGCUUCAUUUGAGCUACGCAGCCGUUGACGAUGCGGCCCUUGAAACGGUAGCAGCGCACUGUCCCAGUCUUACAACUCUGGCCAUCGCCCAGCCAGCCGCCAGCCGCCCUUCGUCACGCCACCUCGGCUCUGUGGCUCGGCUCAGUCUCAAUGCGCCGCCUGCCGUCACCGACAGCUCGGUCGUGAGAAUCUUGCGCUGUUGCAGCCAGUUGAGGCACCUGUCUUUGCUAAAGACCAAAGUCAGCUCAGAGAUUUAUGCCGGCCUGUCUCUGGCGCCACUGAGAUCACUCUCGCUUUCUCUCAAUCGAUCUGCUGGAAUCACGCCCUCGUCCUUGAUCGAACAGCUUCUGCCCAAUCUGGUACAUCUCGAGCGCUUCGAGUUGCAUGGUGAAAAGCACAGCACCGACUACACCGGUGACCAGGUCAUAUCCGAAGACGCCGUGUAUGAGAUUGCUGCGGUCUGUCCUCACCUGAAGCAGCUCAAGCUCUUUGAUCUGGAUUUUUCUGGCCGCCACAACGACGUGUCGACUUACUACGGAUCCUGGAUGCCGUGGAUGGUGGACGACCUCAAACGUAGCUUUGAUCAUCGACAUCCCGAGGUAGACUUGGCGAUCCAAAUUCUGAUCCACAGCCAAGGCUAG